AUGAGCGCGGAACCAGACCACACCCAUGAGAAGAAGAGGGUGAACCUUCAGGACGCCUCUGGCGCCGAGAAGAAAGAGGAACUCGACACCUCGACAGCCAUCCUCAAGAAGAAGAAGAAGCCCAACUCGUUGAUUGUGACCGAUGCCGUCAACGAUGAUAACUCCGUUAUCGCUCUUUCUAACAACACCAUGGAAACCCUUCAGCUCUUCCGCGGUGACACAGUUUUGGUGAAGGGCAAGAAGCGGAAAGACACCGUUCUCAUUGUGUUGGCAGAUGAUGACCUUGAUGAUGGAAGUGCCCGUAUCAACCGUGUGGUGAGGCACAACCUCCGUGUCAAGCACGGCGAUGUUAUCACUGUUCACCCAUGCCCCGAUAUUAAAUAUGCCAAGCGUAUCGCCGUUCUCCCCAUUGCAGACACCAUUGAGGGUCUCACCGGAUCCCUCUUUGACGUUUACCUCGCCCCCUACUUCCGCGAAGCCUACAGACCUGUGAGACAGGGAGACCUUUUCACAGUAAGAGGAGGUAUGAGACAGGUGGAAUUCAAGGUAGUUGAGGUAGAUCCUCCGGAGUAUGGCAUUGUUGCACAGGAUACCAUCAUCCAUUGCGAGGGUGAGCCGGUCCAGCGUGAAGAUGAGGAGGGUAACCUCAACGAGGUCGGCUACGAUGACAUUGGUGGCUGCCGCAAGCAGAUGGCACAGAUUCGUGAAUUGGUAGAGUUGCCUCUUCGUCAUCCCCAGCUGUUCAAGUCUAUUGGUAUCAAGCCCCCUCGCGGUAUCCUCAUGUACGGCCCCCCUGGUACCGGUAAGACUUUGAUGGCUCGUGCUGUGGCAAACGAGACCGGUGCUUUCUUCUUCCUCAUCAACGGUCCCGAGAUCAUGUCCAAGAUGGCUGGUGAAUCUGAGUCGAAUCUGCGCAAGGCCUUCGAAGAGGCCGAGAAGAACUCUCCCGCCAUCAUCUUCAUCGAUGAGAUCGAUUCCAUCGCCCCCAAGCGUGAGAAGACCAACGGUGAAGUUGAACGCCGUGUCGUCUCUCAGCUUCUGACUCUGAUGGACGGUAUGAAGGCUCGCUCCAACGUUGUCGUCAUGGCCGCUACCAACCGCCCUAACUCCAUCGACCCUGCUCUCCGUCGUUUCGGCCGUUUCGAUCGUGAGGUCGAUAUUGGUAUCCCUGACCCCACUGGCCGCCUGGAGAUUCUGCAGAUUCACACCAAGAACAUGAAACUCGGAGACGAUGUCGACUUGGAGACCAUUGCCGCCGAGACCCACGGUUAUGUUGGAUCCGAUCUUGCUUCCCUGUGCUCUGAGGCUGCUAUGCAACAGAUUCGUGAGAAGAUGGACUUGAUCGACCUGGACGAGGACACCAUCGAUGCCGAAGUGCUCGACUCCCUUGGUGUCACCAUGGAGAACUUCCGCUAUGCCCUUGGCGUCUCCAACCCCUCGGCUCUUCGUGAAGUGGCUGUCGUUGAGGUGCCCAACGUUCGUUGGGAGGACAUUGGUGGUCUCGAGGAGGUCAAGCGCGAGCUCAUCGAGAGCGUCCAGUACCCCGUGGACCACCCCGAGAAGUUCCAGAAGUUCGGUCUUUCGCCUUCUCGGGGUGUGCUGUUCUAUGGUCCUCCUGGUACUGGUAAGACCAUGCUCGCCAAGGCCGUCGCCAAUGAGUGCGCUGCCAACUUCAUCUCCGUCAAGGGACCCGAGUUGCUCUCUAUGUGGUUCGGUGAGUCCGAGAGCAACAUUCGGGAUAUCUUCGACAAGGCCCGUGCUGCCGCUCCUUGUGUCGUCUUCCUGGACGAGUUGGAUUCGAUCGCAAAGUCCCGUGGUGGCUCUGUUGGAGAUGCUGGCGGUGCCUCUGACCGUGUCGUCAAUCAGCUCCUGACUGAAAUGGAUGGUAUGACCUCGAAGAAGAACGUCUUCGUAAUCGGUGCCACGAAUAGACCCGAGCAGCUUGAUGCUGCCCUUGUCCGUCCUGGUCGUCUGGACACCCUUGUCUACGUUCCCCUGCCCGACCAGACUUCUCGUGAGGGUAUCCUCAAGGCCCAGCUUCGGAAGACUCCUGUCGCAGGCGAUGUGGACAUUCCCUUCAUUGCCAGCAAGACCCACGGAUUCUCGGGCGCUGAUCUUGGAUUCGUUACCCAACGUGCUGUCAAGCUAGCCAUUAAGCAGUCCAUCAGCGCUGAUAUCGAGCGCCAGAAACAGCGUGAGACUAACGGUGAGGAUGUCACAAUGGAUGAGGAUGAGGUCGAUGAGGAGGACCCUGUACCAGAACUUACCCGCGCACACUUCGAAGAGGCCAUGAAGUCGGCCCGUCGGUCUGUCAGCGACGUGGAAAUCCGCCGGUACGAAGCUUUUGCUCAGAGCCUGAAGAACUCGGGCGGCAGCAGCUUCUUCCGCUUCCCCUCUGCAGGCGAGGUCCAGGACAACAACACGUUCGGUGAAGCCGGCAAUGAUGACAGCCUCUAUGAUUAA